AUGUACACAGGCGGUCAACUUGUCAAAGUGCGAUCUGCCUCGCGCGUUUAUCGACGAUUCUACUGGCUAGAUGAAGAAAAGGGGGAGCUCCGCUGGGAGCCCUCGAAGAAAGACUCUGACAAGGCACGCGUGCGGCUGAGCGACAUUCACGAAGUCCGAAGCGGAAAGAAUUCGGAAGUGUUUCUUUCUGUCGAUGCUGCUGAGCACUUUCCGAACGAGUGUGCCUUCUCGAUUGUGUACGGCGAAGAGUACAUCACUCUCGACCUGGUUGCGAGUACAACGGAAGAAGCGAACAUCUGGUGUACCGGCUUGCGACAUUUGAUCUCAGGCCUAUCGACAAGUGCUUCACCUGGGGACACAGCUCGAGAGGCAAGGGAAAAAUGGCUUUCGGACAUGUUCCGGGCAGCCGAUGUCAACUCGGACGGCUUUAUGGACGAGGACGAGUCCGUUCAGCUUAUCAAAUCGCUUUCCGACGGCGUUCGAGAUAAUGUCAUAAAAACGAAGCUGCGCGAGUAUUUGAAAUCGAUCAAAACUGCUGACAGUGACCAACCAGUUGGACUGACUCAAUCUCAUUUUAUCGAACUUUUCAAGGAUGUCGCCACCCGAGCUGAAGUCUAUUUCAUUCUUGUUCGCUACGCAAGUCAUGAAGAUGCUAUGUCCGUCGAUGAUUUACGCUCGUUUCUCGAAAUUGAGCAGGGGAUAAAUGCCAGUCGAGAAAUGUGUCUGAAUAUCGUGGCGGAAUGUGAGCCAUCAGCACAGUUGCGCGAAAAACACAUGCUUGGCAUCGACGGCUUCACGCGUUACCUCACCUGCGAUAAAUGCGCACUCUUCAAUCCAAAGAAGCGGACUCCAACGCAAGACAUGGACCGCCCCUUCUCUCAUUAUUUUAUUUCUGCAUCGCACAACACGUAUUUAAUUCAAGAUCAAUUAUCCGGGCGUACGUCUCUAUCCUGCUUCCAAACCGUGCUCGAAAAGGGAUGCCGCUGUCUCAGCUUGGACGUUUGGGCCUUUGUUGACAACAACAACGAGAAGAAUCUCAUGGUUCAUCAUCCAAGGAACAAUCGCCAGCAAGUGAGAUUGCAGCUUUCCGCCGUGCUGAAUAUAAUCCAUGAAUACAGUUUCUCCUCCUCCGAUUUUCCUCUUAUACUCGUUAUCCGCGUCCGCGCCACCGAGUCCGGACAGCAUCACCUCGCCGACCUCCUCCACGAGCACCUGGGAGACUACCUUUGCACUGCCGAAUUAUUCAACACGAGCGUCAAUAACUCCCUGACGCCUGAAAAGCUGAAGAAAAGAAUCCUCCUUGAAAUCUCGGGACGCUCCCAAGACGACCUGAGUCUAAGCCACCGGGAUCAAUUCACCCUUUUUUUAUUUUUAAUCAUUUUUCUUUUUUCCUUCGAGAGUUUUUGCUAA